AUGAACUUCUUCAACCGCACCAAGACACGCUCACCGCAGGAGAGCGCGCGCCUGCUCCGCGACUACCUCCUGCGGUUAGACGCGCCAGGCUCUCCAGAGACCAAGCGGAAAGUUGCGGAGGAGUGCUCGAAGCUGAUCGCGAGUGUCAAGGCGUGCCUGCUAGGCGAGGGCGACGUUGACGCCUCUCCCGAGAGCCAGACGGCUGUCACGAACGAGGUGUACAACCAGGACCUACUGGCACUGCUUGUGAUGCACCUGCGGCAGCUCGAGUUUGAGGCCCGCAAGGACGUGGGGCACAUCUAUAGCUCCCUGUUGCGACGUACUCUCGGGACCCGCCUGCCAACCGUCGAUCACAUCGCACACAAGCCCGCCAUCCUCUUCAACGCGCUUCAUGGAUACGCCGACCCGGAGGUGGCGCUGAACACGGGCAUGAUCCUCAAGGAGAUGCUGCGGUACGAGCCGCUCGCCAAGAUCUUACUCUACUCUGAAGAAUUCUACACCUUCCCAAAGUACAUUGAGGACACGACGUUUGGCAUCUCGUGUGAUGCGUUUGCAAACAUGAAGGACACCCUCACAAAGCACAAGCAGAUGGUGGCUGCCUACCUGGAGGCCAACUACGACCGUUUCUUCACCAUGUACAAUACGCUCAUCAUGUCGAGCAAUUACGUGACCAAGCGGCAGUCGCUCAAGCUGUUGGGCGAGAUCCUCCUCGACCGCGCCAACUACAGCAUCAUGACGCGCUACAUCGCAUCCGAGGCCAAUCUCAAGCUCAUGAUGAACUUCCUCCGCGACCGCAGCCGCAACAUUCAGUUCGAGGCGUUCCACGUGUUCAAGGUGUUCGUGGCCAACCCGAACAAGCCACCAGAGAUUGCGAGAAUCCUGCGGCGGAACAAGGAGCGGUUGCUCGUCUUCCUGCGCGAGUUCCACAACGACAAGGACGACGACCAGUUCACAGACGAGAAGCAGUUCCUGAUUGCACAGAUCGAGCGGUUGCAAUGA